AAAUUUAUCUUCAUUUACUUAGAGAUAGUGUUAGAAGCACUGCUUGCUUACUGAAUAAAAACAGCAUCGAUUUAUGCGACAUACGUCAGAAUAUAGAAGCGUAUAGUUGUGUGUUCUUAGAAGCUGGUAUUCAGGUCAGAGUUGGCCCAUUACCCCAAUACAUGUUUGAUAUAUACCCGGUAUGCUACAAGAGGUUAAUAGAUUGUAAUACGAGUGUCUAGAAUGAGCAAACACACAUGGCGAGAUGACAGACAUUCAUCAAUUCCGAAAACGAUAUGCUUACCAGCGCGAAGAAGGAAUAUCUGUCAAUCUAAUUAAACAAGAGAUCGGAAAACUUCGGAUUCCGAAACGUCGCGAAGUUGGAAGAUUUAUAUUCAAUAUUUUUCCUAUAUUGUCAUGGCUACCACAAUAUAAUAUCAAAGAAUCCCUAAUCGCUGACGUCAUAUCCGGGAUAACGGUCGGUGUAAUGCAAAUACCUCAAGGUAUGGCGUAUGCAUUACUCGCAAACCAACACGCGGUGUACGGACUUUACUCAGGUUUUUUCCCUGUCCUUAUAUACUCAGCUCUCGGCACUUCAAGACAUUUAUCAAUGGGCACAAACGGCCUAACAAGUUUAAUGCUUGGAGCAUCCGUUGUGUCCUUGGUACCUGACCCCAUACUUAACCGCAACAACACAUCGCAUGAAUGGGACAAUGUUUACAGUCAACGUAUCAUGUAUGCUGCUGCUAUGUCGUUUAUUGUUGGAUUGCUGCUGAUUGCAUUCAGCUUGUUCCACCUUGGUAUUGUGACGAAACUAUUCCCUCGUCCAUUAAUCAGCGGAUUCAUUUUCGCCGCUUCCGUUCUUACUAUGAUAUCACAAUUGAAAACAUUGUUUGGGGUUUCGGUGAGAAGCUACUCCGGACCUCUCACUUCAGUCUACGUUGUGCGUGACGUCAUUAUACAGCUGACGUCAUUAAACGCGUUCGGAAAGGAAAGAACCGCAGCCACCGUGGUACUCUCCCUAAUUUGCAUAAUAUUUCUGGUUGGUGUUCGUAUCAUCAACGACAAGUAUCGACGUCACUUCCCGUUAAACAUUCCAAUACCCGGGGAAAUUAUAGUGGUUAUCGUCGGAACAGCUGUGUCGGGUAGGGUCAAUCUAAAAGAUAAAUUCAACAUUAUCAUAAUCGGGGAAGUACCGAGAGGUCUACCUUCCCCCGCCGUCCCCGACCUCUCAAAAAUUUCCUCAAUAUUUGGUGAAUCGGUCGCGAUCGCUAUCCUUGGUUACGUCAUAGCUGUCUCAUUGUCUCAAACAUUCGCGGAAAAGGCGGAAUACACGAUCAAACCGAACCAGGAGAUGUUUGCCAUCGGGGCAAGUAACCUCUUCGCUUCUUUCUUCUUCUGUAUUCCUUGUUUCACUGCGAUGUCAAGAACUUGUGUACAGUUUGAAAGUGGGGGGAAGACCCAGCUAGUUGGAUUCAUAUCCGCGCUUCUAAUGCUGCUUGUUCUUUUGGUUAUUGGGCCUGUGUUUCAGUAUAUACCAAAUGCUUGCCUCGCCUCUAUCGUAGUUGUUGCUGUUUGGAAACUACUUUUAAACGCUCGUGACGUCAAAAUAUAUUGGACCAAUCAGAAGCUAGAUAGCAUGCUGUGGUUGGCAACCGCGGUUUCAACGAUUUUAUUGGAUAUUACUCUCGGUUUGAUCGUCGGCAUCUGUUUUGCACUGCUUUGUGUCGUCAUAAGGAGCAGUUACGUCACACUCAGAAAGUUACGUCAUAUUGACGUGACAAACGUUUACAGAAUUGACGGUUAUUACAAACAGGAAGUAGAAAAUGCGGACGUCACGAAUGAUGACGUCACCGUGCUGCAAUUUGGCGCUCCUUUGAACUACCUCAACAGCGCCAACUUGCGUAAGGGGUUAAUAAAGUUGAUCGGCGUUGAUCCGAUUGCAGAGAAAUUACGACUGAAAGAAAGGAGAAGAAAUGAAAUGGACAUGACUGAAACCGGGUGCGUUGUGACGCAACAGAGGCGGUAUGUUAUUCUAGAAUGUUCUGGAAUGACGUCAAUAGAUUCGGUGGCAGUCGCAGUGUUUCAGAAAACGUUAUCCGAUUAUAAAGCGAUUGACGUCAUCAUAUUAAUUGCGGCUUGUCCAGAAUCCGUUUUGGAUACUAUCGGUGACGUAGGCGGUCAUGACGUCACAGAGGUUGCCUAUUUAUCCAUAGGCGACGCGAUUAAGGCGGCAAAAUAAAAAUUGGAAAACGGAGACGACUAAUCACUGUGGAAGAAUGAUGCGGGCGAUGCCCGAGGAAUUGAAGCGACGUAGAACAGUAGGAAACAUUGCAUUAGAAAAUUAACGCUACAUUAGCUAUAUUUAAUAUUCCAACGCUUCAAUCAUAGUGAUCUGGCCUUUAAUUGGUUCCGUUUAUGCUUACUUACUUUCAUUUAUUAUUAUUAUUAUUGUUAUAAAAAGGCGCAACAAGCUCAGUUUGCUAUAAAGACACGGCAGCAAAUACAAAAUAUGGUGGAUAAAUAACUUUUAAAAGUUGCUCCAGUACUUAAGUUUCAUAUAUUGAUUUUAUUCUAUAUGGGUGAGGUAUGCUUCGCCAAACGAACGUGGAUUUAGACCAGAGUUACCUCAUUGCACGAUAUAAUUUAUGUAAUGACGUCGAUAUUGCUUUCUUUUAAUACCUUCAUAAUAUAUUCUCAUAAAUAC